AUGGAUUGGCUUCAGCUGUUCUUCCUCCAUCCUGUCUCACUUUAUCAAGGGGCAGCUAUUCCUUUUGCACUUCUGUUUAAUUAUCUCUGUGUUACGGACUCAUUUUCCACUCAUGCCAGAUACAGCUUUCUUCUGGCUGGAGGAGGUGUCCUGGCGUUGGCAGCCAUGGGCUCCUUUGCUGUGCUUGUCUUCAUUCCUGCUCUGUGUGCCGUGGUUCUGAUCUCCUCACUCGCCCCCCAGGAUGUCCACAGGUGGACUUUCUUUGCUCAGAUGAGUUGGCAGACACUAUGUCACCUGCGUCUGCAUUACACAGAGUAUUAUCUGCAAGAACCACCUUCCACAAGGUUCUGCAUCACUCUCUCUGCCCUCAUGCUCUUGACCCAGAGAAUCACAUCGCUCUCUCUGGACAUUAGUGAGGGGAGAGUAGAGACAGCACCAGGAGGCAACAGGAGCAGAAGCUCUCUGUCUGAACAUCUGUGUAAGACACUGUCCUAUUUCAGCUACUUGCUCUUUUUCCCUGCUCUCCUAGGCGGGCCACUGUGUUCUUUCCAGACAUUUCAAGCUCGUAUUCAACGGUCCAGCAAUUUGUGUCCCAGACACUUUUUCUGGGCUCUGACCUGGAGGGGUCUGCAGAUUCUAGGGCUUGAGUGCCUAAAGGUGGCCCUGACUGGGGUGGUGAGUGCAGGAGUGGGCCUGACUGACUGCCAGCAACUGCAGUGUGUCUAUGUCAUGUGGUCCACAGCUGGGCUCUUCAAACUCACCUACUACUCCCACUGGCUUCUGGAUGACUCCCUCUUCCUUGCGGCAGGCUUUGGAUCUGAGUUUGGUCAGAGCCCUGGUGAGGAGGGGUAUAUCCCUGAUGCCGACAUUUGGACACUAGAAACAACACACAGGAUAUCUCAGUUCACCAGGAAGUGGAACCAAAGCACAGCUCGAUGGCUCAGACGCCUCAUAUUCCAGCAUGGGAAGGCCUGGCCCUUGUUGCAGACAUUUGCUUUCUCUGCCUGGUGGCAUGGGCUCCAUCCCGGACAGGUGUUUGGUUUCCUCCUCUGGGCUGUGAUGGUGGAAUCUGACUACCUGAUUCAUGCCUUUGCCAAUUUGCUUAUCAAAUCCUGGCCAAUGAGGCUGCUCUAUAAAACUCUCACCUGGAUCCACACCCAACUCAUUAUUGCCUAUAUAAUGCUGGCUGUGGAAGCCAGGAGCCUCUCCUCUCUCUUGCCACUCUGUAACUCAUACAAUAGUGUCUUCCCUAUAAUAUAUUGUAUUUUACUUUUCCUAUUAGCAAAGAGGAAGCUCAAAUGUAACUGA